AUGACGAAACCAGCUACUCGACAUGCAGAAAUGGUGGCAAUCGAUCAGGUCCUUGACUGGUGCAAGCAACACAACAGAGAUUAUACAGAAGUGUUUGCACACUCAGUAUUGUAUGUCACUGUAGAGCCUUGUAUCAUGUGUGCAGCUGCCGUGCGCUUGAUGAAAAUUCCACAGGUCGUAUAUGGCUGUCGAAAUGAGCGAUUUGGAGGCUGUGGCUCAGUUUUGAGCAUCUCAUCUGAUGAUAUGGUAGACACAGGAGAACCAUUUGAAUGCAUUUCUGGCUAUCGUGCCAAAGAAGCAGUGGAAAUGUUAAAAGCUUUCUACAGACAAGAAAAUCCCAACGCCCCAAAAUCAAAAGUACGGAAAAAGGACCAUCGUAAUUAGCCCUACGCUGAUGGGAGACAGAAACUUACCAAAAAAUGAUACGUGAAGGUUUCUUCAGCGUCCUUCUUUUUUAAAAUGUACAGUCCAAUUAAACUAUGUCUAGUGUUC